CCAACCGCAUCCUCGAAACCGAGUCUGUCGUCUCGCGAUGGAGAAGGCGACGGGCAGAGAUGGGACGCCUCCAACAUUCUUCCUCCGCCGGCGACCGGAGCAGGGGCCUACCGAGUGCAUCGCCUCCAAUUCCCUCUCCUCUCCCGGAUUUCCCCUCUCCGGUGGCGGUUGUCCGAAGAUCUGCUCCGCCCAGAUCCCUGUCCCUCCGGCGACAAGGACGGUCGGCGGUCCCGAUAUUCAGAUCUACCCAUCUUCUUGCUCUCUUCUUUGAGGUCAGCAUCACUGAUAUUGAUUUUAGUUGCAGGCGACGGAUCCUGGAGUACACGAAGUCUUGGAGGAGAUGAACAACUCUUGGGCAAUUUGCUCUCUUACACUUCCCUACUGUAUUGGUUUCUUUGAUACGAAAUCUUGCAUCUGUUGUUCGGCUAGUGAGUAGAGAAGCAACAUUCUGAUUGGUAGCUUUAACGACUGUUACGAUUUUAAUGCUUGAUUUUUGGGCCAUCAACGGAAGGAAUCGUGGAUGAUAUAUGCGAAAUAGCAGCGGCAAGGCUGAGAUCAUCAGGCCAAUGCAUUGUUUUCUAGGGUACUCAAGUUUAAUUGAUGGAUUUGAUUCUAUCUGGUUUGGUGAAAUUUAGAUAAACACCGGGUUCAUAACUUCAUGUACUGGAGUAGUAAUUUGGUUAAUGGUUAGUCUUACGUGAGCUUAAUUAAAUCCCUGCCAUGGAAAAACAUAAGGUGUGUCGUGUAUUGUUCCUCCUCUUCAGCUAGUUGUCUACUUAGUUCUAUCUUCUUAUCUAGUACACACAAGGGUACCAUGGUUUCUGCUCUAACAGAUGGCUCUUUUAGGUACCUCAGCAAGGAGGAGAUCGAGCGAGGGUCGCCAUCGAGGCAGGACGACAUGGGCGUCGGCAAGGAGGCCCAGCUCCAGGCCACCUACUGCUCCUUCAUCCGCGACGUCGGCCUCCGGGUCCGGCUCACUAAAAAAGAAGGCAGUGCAGCUUUUGAAAGCAAAACUUCAUCAAAUAACCUUCGAAGAAGAAAAAAAACUGUCCUUUUUGCUGUAAUAGGAGGAUGGGCGGAGGGUGCGCGCUCGAGGAAAAGCGUCCAUGUCGUCGGCCAUGGCGGGCAUGCUCCCCACGGAUGAGGUGUGUUGGAUGUGGUCACGGAAAAGGGUGGGAGAAAGCGGAGGAAGAGAGUGUGAGCUCACUGUGGUCGAUCGGCAAGCUUGGAAGAGAGCGUGAGCUUCGGUGCUCUGGUGGCGUUGUCGAUGAGGAAGAGACUUGGUGGGCAAGCUCCCGCGAGGGACGAAAACGGGAGCGUGGCGACAAGGUCGAAGCAGGAACGGAAGCGGCACAACCUUGCUUCCCUGCUCAGGUACUAGCCCUCUAUCGGCGCGGCCUUGCUCGAGCCCCUCGUUGGCGAGCGGAGCAGCCGUAGGAGCGGACUAGCGUAUGUCGUGGCGGCUAUUUACUAUUAUGUUUAUGAUUGGUGUCCCAUUAUUUGCCUGGAGAUUUACAAAAUGAUGUAUGCUUAUGUUGUUGUGGUGUGAGUAUUCCUUGAAAUUUCUGUAUUAAUUUGUAUGCCAGAAUUUUCAAUUUUUUUGAAAGAACGUACUAUUUUGGCCUUA